UCCAAGAUGCCGUCUUCCUACCUUCCCCUCCUCCUCCUCCCCUUGACAACCCUCGCCGCCCCCGCUCCCCAAGCAACCUUCCAACCUUCUCCCGGAAACUUCCCCGCAAAAGGCGACGGCGACUAUGCUGGUGGCAUCUUCUCAAUCCCGCUCUCACAACUCCCGCAAUACGCUGGGCCAGGCGGAACAGGUCCGGAAGCCCCUACAACACCCGGCCAAAAAACCUCCGGAAGCGGUCCCUACCCAGCGCAAAUGCUCACGGAUACCUCACUCCCUGGGCACACCAUCUUCGCACCAAAAACACCACCAACGGGCAAUAUAAGCCUCCCAUUCAUCGCCUGGGGCAACGGUGCUUGCACGCUCAACUCGGCAACCUACCAAAACCUCCUGGUGGAAGUCGCAUCCUGGGGCUACGUCAUCGCGGCCGAUGGAACGCCCAACUCGAACUCCCCCACGCAAUCCAAAGUCCAGGACAUGCGUGACUCGAUUGAGUGGGCUAUCGCUGGUAAAGCUGCCAAGUACGGGAACGUGGAUGUGGAUAAGAUUACGACUGCGGGACAUUCGUGCGGUGGACAAGAGGCAUUGAGUACGAGUUAUAAGGAUGAGAGGGUGAAGAGGGUAGUUAUGUUCAAUAUUGCGAUCUUCCAGGAUGACAGGAGGUACUUGCUGGAGGCUAUCAAGACGCCGAUUGUUUGGUUGAUUGGGGGAAGUAAGGAUAUGGGAUACACGCCCUCCGCAAAAGACUACGCACUUCUCAAACAACCCAAGAUCCGCGCCAACCUCGACACUGGUCACGGUGGCACUUUCUCUGCUACUAAUGGUGGAAAGCAAGGCAAAGCGUUCGUCAACUACCUCGAGUGGCAGUGGCGUGGAAACCAGACAGCGAAGGCGGUGUUGCUGGACCCGAAUAGCGCGGGGAGCUUGGUGAAGGACAAGUGGGUCGUUGAGGCUAGUGGGUGGGAGUAA